CCUUCCAGACUAUAGAAGGCACAGCCGUUGGGCUGACAGUCUCAGAAGCUAUCUCCUGAUCUCCGUGUAGGAAGGCUGACUGUCUUGUCCAGUUUCUUCUACCCAGACCGUGACCCGUCUUAAAUCAUGGAACAACUGAGUGCAGCGAAUUCUCAUUUUGCUCUUGAUCUGUAUAAAACAUUGAAUGAAGUUCAUCCAAAAGAAAACAUCAUCUGCUCUCCACUUGGUAUCUCUACAGCUCUGGCUAUGAUACUUUUGGGAGCUAGAGGUGAAACUGCAGCAGAAGUGUCGAAGGUCUUUCAUUUUAAUGAAGUGGAUCAAGUUCAUUCAAGAUUUCAGACUUUAAACAGUAGUAUUAACAAACGUGGAACUUCUCACAUCCUAAGACUUGUUAAUCGAUUAUUUGGAGAGAACUCAUACAAAUUCCUUCCAGAAUUCUUGAAUUCUAUCCAAAAAUUGUAUGGUGCCGAGUUGGCCACUGUUGAUUUUCAGCAUGCUUCAGAAGAUGCAAGGAAGGAGAUUAACCAGUGGGUCAAACAGCAAACAGAAGGUAAAAUUUCAGAGUUGUUGACUUCAGGUACAGUAGAUAGCCUGACUAAACUUGUGCUGGUGAAUGCUGUAUAUUUCAAAGGAAAUUGGGAGGAGAAAUUUGAUGAAGCACUUACUACUGAUGCACCAUUUAGAGUAAACAAGAGAGAAAAAAAAACAGUGAAAAUGAUGUAUCAGAAAAAGAAGCUACCCUUUGGUUACAUUGAGGCUCUCAAGUGUCGAGUAUUAGAACUUCCUUACCAGGGCAAAGAGCUGAGCAUGAUCAUUCUGCUCCCAGAUGAUAUUGAGGAUGAUUCUACUGGUCUGAAACAGAUUGAAAAUCAGUUGAGUGUGGAAAAUUUGAAAGAGUGGACACAUUCUAAAAAUAUGGGAAUCAUUGAUGUUCAUGUACGUCUUCCCAAAUUCAAGAUGGAAAGUACCUAUAACCUCAACUCAGAUUUAGCACGAAUGGGUCUGUGCAGUCUCUUUACCAGCGGUAAGGCUGAUCUGUCUGGAAUGUCAGGAAACAACGAUAUUUUUAUCUCCAAGAUUGUCCAUAAGUCCUUUGUGGAAGUGAAUGAAGAGGGCACCGAGGCUGCAGCUGCCACUGCAGGCAUUGCAACAUUUGCCAUGUUGGCGCCCGAAGAAGAAUUUAUUGCUGACCAUCCAUUCGUAUUUUUCAUCCGUCACAAGCCCACAGAAAACAUCCUUUUCCUUGGCAGAUUUUCUUCUCCAUAAAGCCUCUGGAAAUGCAAAUGGAAUAAAGCAUACCAAAUUUUUAUGUUUGAAUUUUUAAAUCAUGGCUUAUUUGCUAUAUCUAAUUUUCUCCAUAAAGUUACUGUUUAGAAACACAUUUUAAUCUUGUCUUUCCUGAUUUCAAUUUAUUUGCUAAUUAAAAUCAUGAAAUUUCACAUA